AUGACAACAAAAGAUAUGUUCGAGGGAGUAUCAAGUAUCGCUUCUUUGUCUACUAAUGGUAUUAUGUCAACAAGCAAUACUUUGGAAUUUAGACAUCCAAAACAAAAUGAUGAAUGGUCCUCUUCAGCAUUUGCAGCAUCAAUUUCAAUAAACCCUUGCACACAGUUAUUUUUUGAUCUUACCCCCACUUCGAAAUUUUCAAAGGAAUUUGCACAAGAUGGUUGGAAUAAACUUAUUUCUGAUCGUCCUGUUGUUCUUGGAGUUGAAUAUUGGAACCAAUCAUUGAUUACUUCUCGUGAUCUAUGGAAAAAUUUGAUGGCUCCCGAUCAUAAGAAAAUUUUUCAUAUAAUAAAGACGAUUGAAAUAAAGUCUUGUGGUGGGGAAGCAUGCCGUGCAUUAAGUCUUGAUGGACGUUGUCGGGUGCCAUGGUUCAUUAUCAAAGCUGGUGAGGUUACAGUUCAAUCCACUAUCCGAAGACGUAAUAGCGAAAAGAAAAUUUUGAAAGAAAAAUUAGAGCGUGGACACCUAGCAGAUAUGUCGUGCAUAUUUGAUAAUUAUGAAUUGGUUUGUUGCCUGGCAUAUGGCGGUUCCUACAAAUAUGAUCUCACUAAAUUAGCUUCGGAUGAAUUUAACCUCCCGAGGAUGAUGAAAGACAUGCUGGACGAUAUUCGACAUAAAUUUAGAAUGAUUAAAAUAGAUCCAUCAUGCCUUUAUAUUGUAGAACUUCACCAAUACAUAUCAGAAUUUAAUUUGGGCUUGGAAUAUUCGGAGGGACUUAUUGUUGAAAUGGAAAUUGGCUCAUCAAUUCCUCCACCGGAUUCAAAAGAAAUGACUACGUCAGAUACUCCUACCAAAAUCACAGAGACCGAAUGCGUCACACAAAGGGUCGUAGUAGCGUGUUGUUUGACGACAAUCCGACAUCUCCAAGCAAAUAAUGAACAACAGCUACAAUUAGAAGUAGAUAAUGAACGACAGCAACUGAUAUUAGAACGAGAACUAAGAAUAAUACACACGUAUAAUGUACUUCAAAUUAAUCUCUCAAACAUGGAAAGAGACGAAGUCAAAAGAAUUCUUCAAAAGUUCAUGAACUUACGCUUUACAACUGCAAGCAAAAUAUGUUUCAAGAAGAACAAGAACCUUUGGUUGCCCGCAGAUGAGAUUAAAAAUUACAUGCCUUGUUAUAUGUACAAAGAAGUCCAUCUAGAAGACUGGAACGAUGAAGGAUAUAUUUAUUAUAACAAUAUUUUAGUGGAUAUUAUAUCCACCGUUCGUCGUUUCACAAUUCCCGAUACCAUAACUUGGUCAUAUCUCGAAUCAAAACUUCGAUUAUUAUUUUCUUUACCGUCCACUUUACAAUUUACCCUUUCUUACAAGGAUGAGGAUGGGGACAUCAUUACUUUAUCAACCGAUUUGGAACUUCAAGAAUAUUUAUCAUCUCAAUCACCUCAAUCUACUUUGAAAUUUUCCCUUAAUCCGGAAAAGUCAAAUAACUUCGCUGUUGAUACGUUCUCGAGCAAUGCGUCGGAAAACGAAUUUUUUCCAGUUGAGAGGGAGAAAUAUUUUCUUGACGAUACUUAUAAAAAAGCCGAUAAACAUGUCACUGUGAUGGAUUCCGCCGAUGAUGAAUCUUCUACCACUUCAGCCUCAAAAGGCAAGCAAAAGGAGGAAUCACCUGCCGAACCUUCAACUUCCGCUUCUAACGAACAACAACAACAAGAGGAGAAUGGACAACCUUCUCCUAAUAAUGAAGAGCAACGAGCUCCAUUCAUUGAAUUGGCCGAACAAUUUCAGCAAUUGCAUGAUCAAUUUAACGAUGUCUUUACAAAGAACCCUCAAUUGGUUGAACAAGCUAACACCAUCAUGGAUAAAAUCUUACAAAAUGUUCCCGUAGACAUCAAUCAAUGGGCCCAAUGGUUGAACACUUUUCGUUCGGAAGGUGAUCUUCCAACUCAAGGAAGGGAAACUAACAAUAAUUCACGAGAAGGGGGACAACAGAAAACCAAUGAUUUUGGUCAAUUUGGUCAAUUUCCUACUUUAUUCCAAUCUCCUCAUGAAAUACUUUCAAACCCUUGGAUUCAAAGAGUCAUUCAAGAUGUAUCAGCCAAUUGUCAGAGAGGUUUCGGUAAUUUCUCAAGACCUACGGGGUUUAACGGACCUUGGAAUUCCAACCGUGAUUGUCCAUAUCAACAACAACGACGACAAGAAGAAUUGAGUCAAGAAAUGUUAAAAGAAAAGAUCAACUCACUUCAUGCAAUGGGAUUUUGGGAAGAUGAUGUAAAAAACGAGGAAUUAUUAAAAAGGUACAAUGGUAAUAUCGAGAGAGUUGUCGAAAUUUUAAUUAGGCAAAAUGCUGAACGAGUUGAUGAUUCUUAUGAAAUACUUAAUCCUGUGGAAAAUGGUGGUCGUUAA